CGUCUCUCUCUCACCCUUUGAGCUUUAUAUAGAAGACUUGCCUUAAACUUAUCUGUUCAAGGUGGGGGGUCAAUGAAAAGAAAGCAAGAAAGAUCAUAGAAAAGGCUAGAAGCUUAAAGCUCAAAAGAAAUCUGAUUGCAACAAAGUCUCUCUCUCUCUCCCUCUCUCUCCACGUUGCCUUCUAUGAUUAAAGGUGAAAGAAGCAACUCUCACUUUAACAGCUGCAAAGGUAGGAAUUUUUUUAGCCUCAUCUAUAAGAUGUAUUAUCAAAACACCUAAAGAGAAUUCAUCCAUGUUAGACAACACUGCCUUAACUACUAAUCAAUCUUCUUCUUCUUCCAAUGCCUUAACUUCCUCAGAAAAUGGCAUUAUUAACAAAAGGAAAAGAAGACCAGCUGGUACCCCAGAUCCAGAUGCUGAGGUUGUUUCACUCUCACCCAAGACCUUACUGGAAUCCGACCAGUUUGUGUGUGAGAUCUGCAACCAAGGGUUUCAGAGGGACCAGAACCUACAGAUGCACCGGCGUCGGCAUAAGGUGCCGUGGAAGCUGCUGAAGAGGGAGUCGCCGGAGGUGGCCAAGAAGCGCGUGUUUGUGUGCCCAGAGCGAAGUUGCUUGCACCACCACCCAUCCCACGCCCUUGGCGACCUGGUGGGCAUAAAGAAGCAUUUCAGGAGGAAACACAGCAAUAACAAGCAGUGGGUGUGUGAGAAGUGCUUGAAAGGGUACGCUGUUCAGUCUGAUUACAAGGCACAUCUCAAGACUUGUGGCACCCGAGGACAUUCUUGUGAUUGUGGCCGUGUAUUUUCCAGAGUAGAGAGUUUCAUUGAACACCAAGACACUUGCACUCUCCAGCAGGGUGGGCCGGACUUGCCAGCGUCCCAGCUGGCCCGCUCAUCUGGAAUGGCUUCGAGCACCAGUCCGUCAAGUGACACCAACUUCAUUAUUGCUCCAUUGCCUGGAAUACCAAUAUUGCCAACAAACACUUGCUUGUUGGCCAAUAAUGAAGAAAACCAACGUAAUUUGGAACUUCACCUAUCAAACACUUGCUUGUUGGGCAAUAAUGAAGAAAACCAAGCAACCCAUUUGAAACUCUCAAUUGGGUCAAGCACUGACAGCGAAAUGAAUGAGGAUAGUGAGGAGUUAAAGAUUGCCAUGGGUGAGAAGACCUUUGCCGACGAGGCUAGACAACGAGCAAGGAAAGAUAUUGAGUUGGCCGAGUUGGAAUUCGCCAAUGCCAGGAGAAUUCGCCAACAAGCACUCGCGGAGAUUGAAAAGGCUCAAUUUGUGAAAGACGAGGCUGCAAAGAAGAUCACCUCUAUUAUUUUGCAAAUCACUUGCAAUGGCUGCAAGCAAAUGUCCCAAGCAACAAGAACAGCGGCACAAGUUUAUGAGACUUCCUUUUUCUGAAGUCUUCACAGCCAUAACAGAAGGUGAAAGAGAGCAAUGUCAAACCCAUCACUCAAAUUAUAAUAUAUCAUCUCUCUCUGAAAAAGAAAAAGUCAAUCUCUAUAUUAAACUUUUAUUUGUAAAUAAUCCUCUCUUUUUUCUUUUUUUCUUCUUUUUUUUCAUUUGGUUGUUAUGAUAAUAGUGUGAAAAUAUUGAUUCAAAGAGUGUUGUAACCCGUUCAUUGUCGGAAAUUUCUUGUUUUGUUCAAAGGAAAAAAUUGGAGCACUG